AUGGACAUUAUUUUUAGUUCCUCGAGUUUGAUUGGGGAGUUCAAUAGAGUGUCUAAGACAGGUGGGGCUUCAAGGGAUGAUGAAGUUAUCUGUCGUCAAUGGGUUUGGUUAAAACCGGUUCAGGAUGAAGUGAAAAUUAAUGUGGAUAGGGCUUUUUGCAAGGAUUCUAGUGUUGCGGCCAUUGGUGUUGUGGCUAGGGACGCGUAUGGUAUGGUGAUUGGGGGUUUUUCUAAGAAGAUUGAGCCUCCAUUUUCGGCCGAGUCAUCGGAAGCUGCUGCGUUUACGGAAGGCAUUCGGAUGGCUUUCGAGAAUGGGUGGAAUAAAGUUGUUAUUGAAGGUGACGCCAUAUCCAUUGUCCACAGGUUGGCUAAUCAGGUGACGGGAAAGAUUCAUGAUUUAUCUACAAUUAGAUUGCUGCUCAAUGAGGCUAGACAAAUGUUAGUUAGAUUUCUUACUUUUAAAGUGCAUUAUGUAUGUAGGGAAGCUAAUCGUGUCGCCCAUUCUCUUACGCAUUAG